AAGAGAAGGAGAGGGAAAAGAGAGCUAUUCCUUCUCUCUUCUUUCUUCUCUUAUUUCCUCUUCUUUGAUACGAGGAACGACGAGAAAUAUGCAUGUUGAAGAUACCCAUCAUUUCAAGUAUUACAGGAUUGGCCUGACCCAUCUCUAAUAGUCCAUCGUUAUUAUCAUCCUACACCCCAUUUUCUCCAUAUAAAUCCUUAUCCUACGCACCCUAUUUCCAUCCUAAGCCAUGGCCCCUAGCAAGAUCCGCAAAGCCCUCGGCGCUGUCAAGGACAAGACGAGCAUCGGGCUCGCUAAGGCCGGCAACAACUCCAUCUCCGACCUCGAUGUCGCCAUUAUCAAGGCCACGCGUCAUGAAGAGCAACCGCCUGAGGAGAAGUACAUCAGAGAGAUCCUUAGCUUAACAUCCUACUCCCGUGCGUACGUUAGCGCUUGCAUCAAUACCCUAUCCAGGCGCCUCAACAAAACCCGAAAUUGGACCGUCGCCCUCAAGACCCUCAUCUUGAUCCAUCGGCUCCUGUCGGAGGGCGAUCAGGCCUACGAGCAGGAAAUCUUCUUCGCAACCCGGCGUGGGACCCGGCUCCUCAACAUGUCGGAUUUUAGGGACACGUCGCAAUCUGGGUCGUGGGACUUCUCUGCUUUUGUCCGUACAUUUGCACUCUACCUAGAUGAACGGCUGGAGUUCCGCAUGCAUGGCCGGCGCAACAAGUCACGGAGGGUCUCCUCGGUCGGUGAUGACGAGGAGGAGGCGGGACAGUCCUCCUCUACACGGGCCACGCCGGUCCGUGAGAUGAAGAUCCAAAAAAUCUUCACACGGACUCAGCAUCUCCAACAGCUCCUCGAGCGAUUUCUCGCAUGUCGUCCUACAGGCUCAGCGAAAACAAAUCGGGUGGUCACCGUUGCACUCUACCCAUUAGUAAAAGAGAGCUUCCAGAUAUAUUUCGACAUCAUGGAGAUUAUGGGAAUCUUGAUCGAUCGGUUCAUGGAACUAGAAGUCCCAGAUUGCGUGAAGGUCUAUGAAAUCUUCAGCCGGAUCUCAAAGCAAUUCGACGAUCUCGAUCAAUUCUACAGCUGGUGCAAGACCGUCGGGAUCGCAAGGUCAUCAGAGUACCCUGAAGUGGAGAAAAUCCCAUCCAAGAAGCUGGAAGUCAUGGACGAGUUUAUCCGAGACAAGAUGGCUCUAGUCCAGAGCCAAAAGUCCAAGAUCCAUAUGCCCAAGGAGGAAGUCAUUGUGGAACCCAAGAUCGAACCAACAGAAGAGGAGCCCUCAACUAUCAAGGCAUUGCCAGCACCAGAGAUUAUCGAAGAAGUUACACCAGAAGAAGAGAAAGAAGAGCUCAAAGAAGAAGAGAAAGAUAACGACACACAACAAGAAGCUGAUUUAUUGAAUUUGAACGGUGAUGCAAUCACAGGAGAAGAACAAGGAAAUAAGCUGGCACUUGCAUUGUUCGCUGGCGAAGCAGCGGGCCCACCUGCAUGGGAAGCUUUCACGACAGAGGACGAGUCGGCAGAUUGGGAGACGGCGUUAGUGCAGUCAGCGAGCCAUCUCUCGAAUCAGAAGGCAUCCCUUGGGGGUGGUUUUGAUAUGCUGUUGCUGGAUGGGAUGUACCAACAGGCAAAUGCAGCUACAGCUGCAACCGGAUAUGGUGGGAACGCUGCUGGAAGUGCGAGUAGCAUGGCUUUGAUUGGUGGGACCCCUGGGUUGCUGGCAUUGCCUGCGCCACAGGUUUCAGGAGGUGAAGGGCGGGAUCCUUUUGCAGAGUCGCUGGCGGUUCCGCCACCAUCGUACGUGCAGAUGGUGGAGAUGGAGAAGAAGCAGCAGCUGCUGGUGGAGGAGCAGGUCAUGUGGCAGCAGUAUGCAAGGGAUGGGAUGCAAGGGCCACUGAGCAUGGGGAAAUUACAAAACAGCCCCUAUAGCGUGGGAGGGUAAUGUAGUCCAACAUGAGUUGACUAUUGACUAUUGACUGAUGGGUGUUGGUCUGCUUUUUGGUUAGGGGAAGAAGUUGUAUAUGUUGGGUUAGGGCUUAAGGUUAUUUAACCAGUGACUCUUGAAUUCU